GAGAGAUUUCCAAGGCACCUGAGUAGGGGGCACAAGAAGCAGAAGCUCUCAAGCUUCGCCUGCUCCUUCUCAGCCUCCCGUGUUAGCUGUAGCCAUGUGCGCCCUGUAUACUAACUCUCGGUGUGGGGGCCUUCCAGGGUCCAGAGAGGAGGAGGAUGAUGAUGAUUAUGAGAACACAGCACCACCCUACAGGGACCUUCCUCCCAAGCCAGUUUCGGUGGCUCCACCAAGGCCUCAAAGAGCAGGAAAGAAAAUGGAGAACCCCCCACUUCCUUGCAAGCUUCCAAUGAACACAGGACAGAACCUCACCCCUGUCUCCCGCACAGCUCCUCAACCUGGCACUAAUCUGGAGCAUCCUCCAUUCCAGCCGCCUACAACCAUCUCUCUGUCCCCAUCCUCCCCCCACCCCCCAGCGACUCCAGUGCCCUGUCUCAGUCAGAAGUCCGGAGGUUCUAGGUUCUUCCAGGAGGAGAGACUGAUGGUGUACCUGUGUCUGCUGGUGGUGGUGUCACUGCUCAUGGGCUGCACUGGUCUGGUUGUGACCCUGAUUAAGUACCAGGAGGUGGUGGAAGAACUGAGGAUGUUAACCUUACAGCAGAUGGAAUGGCAAGCAAACGUGACCGGCAUGGCAGGGCUGGCCGGCCUGAAGAAGGACAUUGAUCACGUAAGCGCCUACACCAACCAGUCCCUGCUGGAACUUCGGGGUUUAUUAGAUAGUACCAGCGUCACCUGCUCUGAAGGCUGGCUCCCUUUUCAGGGUAAGUGUUACUACUUCUCUCCAAGCACCAAGUCAUGGGAUGAAGCCCGGAAGUUCUGCCAGGAGAAUUACUCUCAUUUGGUCAUCAUCAGUAGCAUUGCUGAGCAGAUCUUUGUGUCCAAGGCUCAUGGCUCUCCGCGGGUACACUGGCUGGGGCUGAAUGACAGAAAACUUGAAGGGGACUGGAGGUGGCUGGAUGGGUCACCUAUCACUUUGAGCUUUUGGGACCCACAGGAACCCAACAACCUCCAUAAUGAGGACUGUGCCAGCAUGAAUGGAGGUGGCACCUGGAAUGACCUCUCUUGCGACAAAACUACAUAUUGGAUAUGUGAGCGGCAAUGUUCCUGUUGAACAUCAGAGCUGAGGUUGGGCGGGAGUCUGUACCCGGUGCCCCUCGGGUCUUGGACAUGAGAACCUCCUCUCCGUCUGAGAACUGACACGGAUGUGCCCCAGACGGAGCCGAAAGCCUGGAUGGAGCAAGUUUCCUGGGGUGCAAGUCAGACCAUUUCUAGGGCGAGGACUAGGGGGCUUGCGCAGUUGGAUGGUGUCUUAGUCUGUUCAGGCUGCUGUAGCAGAAUACUGUAGACUGGGCGGCUUUAGCAGAAGUUUAUUUCUCGAAGUUCUGGAAGCUGGGAAGCCCAAGAUCAAGGCUCAGGGAGACUCAGUGCUUGGUGACAUCCCGCUUCCUGGUUCCUAGAUGCCCCCUUCUUGCUGAAUCUUCACAUGCUGGAAGGGAUGAGAGCUCUGGGGGGGGGGCUUUUAUAAAGACACUAAUACCAUUAAUGAAGGCCCCACCCCCAUGACCUAGUCACCUCCCAAAACCCCACCUCCUAAUACCAUCACAGUGGGGAUUGGGAUAUGAAGUUUAUUUUGGUGGGGGGAUACACAGCUCAAUCCAUAGCAGAUGAUGAGUUGAAGGGACUCCAUGUCUUAGUAAUGGUCUCCCAGUUCUGGGCUCUGGAGGAAAUUCACUAAGCCCCUGAUCAUGGCUCUUAGUAAAUGAUGCUGGCCCCGGGAGCUCCAGGUCUGACGCUGAUUGAGCUGGAGCUGAAAAUACCCUGCCUCCUCUGGGCAUGAUGCUCUGGGACUGAGAUCCCUACUGCCCACCUGAUGUGCACAGCUUCUGCGAAACAGGUGGGGCAAAAUUACUCUUGACAAGCCGCGUUCUCGGUGUCUCUUGGCCAGAUUCUCAGGAUGACAAUGGAGAUAUCUACCCACAUGUGCCUUGAGGCUGUUUGUGGUCUGUACAACUCUUUGAUGAAGUAAUUCACCCUACUUAUAAGUGGGUCUUCUUGGAUUGUUAGCUCUUGCAAUGUUAGAGCUUCUCAAAAUGCCAGUUCAUCGUGAGGUCCUCGCUGACUGUUAGUCUUCUGGGGCCACCAUAAUAAAGUGCCACAGACUGGCUUAAACAAUGGAAA